UGCCAAGGGAGACAAGGAGUACCUGCAUCCAAUCCACACAUCAGCACCUUUAAAACCACCAGGCUUUCUCCCGAUACGUCUGCUUAUGAUGCACUGAACAGCUUCUCUCUCUUUAAAAAAACCCCAUCCAUUUGAAGCGAAGGGGCACUCAAUGGAUGCUGUGGCAAACCGUGUAGUCCCGCUCGGUAUCUUCAUAUUGUGUUUGAUUUAGUCUACAACCAGAGACACCUGGAUGAAACAGCAGGAACUACGAGGACUGUUGUUGCAAUGGAGUCGACUCUCUCACGGCUCAAACCCCGUCUGUAAACCUACAACAUCUCGUUUCAUGGCGUUUUGCAGGUUGCUCUGUUCCGUGGGCUCUUCCACGUUUAUGUUCUAGGCUAUUCUUAUUUUGUUGUUGUUGUUAUUGUUUUUAUUUUUUUUGAAGUGCAAAGGGAAAAUAAGACCACUGCUCGCAAAACUAUGAACGAGGAGAUGACAAAAAGCGAAGAGCAGCAUCUUAGUUUGCAGAAAGCCUUGCAGCAGUGCGAGUUGGUGCAAAAUAUGAUAGACAUAAGCAUUUCUAGUUUGGAGGGUUUACGGACCAAAUGUGCCACAUCCAACGACUUGACACAAAAAGAGAUACGAACGCUGGAGGGGAAGUUGGUGAAGUACUUCAGCCGCCAGCUGUCCUGUAAGUGCAAAGUGGCCUUAGAAGAGCGAAGCGCCGAGCUGGAGGACUUCCCUCGCCUCGGCCACUGGUUCCGCAUCGUCAACCUGAGGAAAGAGGUCACACAGGAGAUGAGCCCAGGUGAGGUGACCCUGGAGGGCCUGCUGGAUUUGAGUGAGGAGCAGGUGUGUGAGCUGCUGCAGAAGUUUGGUGCCAACGAAGAGGAGUGUGCCCGACUCAACGCCUCCCUCUCUUGCCUCAGAAAGGCCCACCAGCUCGAGUUUCCUCUGUCCUGUGCCCAUCCAUGCAUCACACCAAUGUAGCUCGUAUAAUUGUGACAAAACAGUGCAAACACCUGCUGACGUCAAAUGAUUAGGCCAUCAACCAGCAUUAA